AUGGGUCCAAUGCCAACAGUUAACCAAGCAUAUGCUAUGGUAAUCAGUGAUGAGAGUCAAAAAUCAAUCGCAGCCAAUGCUGGUUUACUAGGAGCAAAUCUUACAUUUGGAACUGGACAAUAUGAUGUGGCAAUGUACACCAAGACUGAAGGAAAUUUUCAGAAAACCAGGAAGAAUUUCAAUCUAUUCAGUGAGUUUUGCAAAAUGAAAGGUCACUCUAAAGAAACUUGCUACAAGAUUGUAGGCUAUCCUCCAGAAUACAGACCAAGAAAUAAGAGUACAAAUACUCAUAGUGCAUACAAUGUGUUAUCUGAUAUGAGUAUUCAAAAGAAUCAGCUGCCAAAAGGGAAUUGGAAUGAGAACAAUUCACAAAAUUCUCAAUUGACAAGUAGUGUUGUGAGUACUAAUAGCUCACAUUUGAUUGGGCAAGUGAACAACAAUUCUUGGCUGGGUAAUUACACAUUCACCAAAGAACAGUAUGACCAUAUUGUGCAACUUCUAAGCAAAGAUAACUCAAUUUCUGCUUCAGCAACUCCAUCAGCUAAUGCAGCUGGUAUACCUUAUGCUUUGUUAACUUCUGAUAGUUUACAAGAGUGGAUAAUAGACACAGGGGCCACAAACCAUAUGGUAGCUGAUCUAGAACUAUUGAAUAAGGUUUCAUUAGUUCAAACAAGCCAGCCAAAGAAAGUACAUCUACCUAAUGGAGAAACUACUCAAGUUACUCAUAUUGGAACUAGUACUUUAUCAGAUCAAAACACAAUAACUAAUGUGUUUUACAUUCCUCAAUUCAAAUAUAAUCUUCUGUCUGUUUCUAAAGUAACCAAGGAGCUGAAAUGUUCAGUUGCUUUCUUUCCUGAUUUUUGUGUAUUUCAGGAACUCUUCAGUGGGAGGGUGAAAGCGAUUGGUAGAGAAGACAUUGGUCUGUACAUUCUCAGUAGACAAACAAUACCAGGAAGUAAUACAAUUAAUCUAAACACAAUGGAGACAGAAGUCAAUAAAGAGACUAGCUCAAGUGACAUUGAUCUUUGGCAUAGAAGGCUUGGUCAUGUGUCUACUACUGUCUUCAAGAAGUUACUAUCAGAAAAGAUACAAGAUAUGUCUGCUAGAAUAGACUUAUAUAGUAUAUUCCCUUGUGCAAAGCAAACAAGACACCCUUUUCUUGUCAGUAGUAUUAGAACAACUGCUAGUUUUGAGUUGGUUCAUAUGGAUUUGUGGGGACCUUACAAAGUUCCUACUAUGGAUGUUUGUGGAAAUCUGUUUAAUAGUCUAGGAGUAAUUCAUCAGAAGCCAUGUCCAUAUACUCCUCAGCAAAAUAGAGUAGCUGAGAGAAAAUAUAGACACAUCUUAGAACUCACUAGAGCUAUCACAUUUCAAGCUGAAAUACCAAUCAAAUUUUGGGGUUAUUGUGUACUUGUUGCAGUCUAUCUUAUUAACAGACUGCCUAGUUCUAUUAUUGAUAAUAAGAGCCCAUAUGAAAGAUUGUAUAGCAGGAAACCAGCAUUACAACAUCUCAAGAUAUCAAUCAUACAACCAUCAAUAGUUCAAACACCACAGACUGCUCCUACUAAUCUUUCAGAUCAACCAGAUAUCAGAAAGUCUGGUAGAGGAAAGAAAUCACCUAUUUGGAUGAAAGAUUUUGUGUCAUUAACUGCUCACCAUGAUGAACCUUAUGCCAUAUCAAAGUGCUUAACCUAUGAACACUUAACUUCCAAGUAUCAAGCUUAUUUGACAGCUGCUUCAAAUAUUAUUGAGCCAACCUUCUAUUCAGAAGCUGUGAAAGAUCCUAAAUGGGUGGAUGCAAUGAAGGCUGAGAUUGAAGCUUUAUAA